CGGAUAUUGGUCAUCAUUUCGAAGGAAGGUCAGAAUUAUUAAUUGCUAGAAUGAAAUUUCUAGAUUAGCGUUGCAAAUAUGGUAACUCGGAGUGAAGACUUCAAGUGACAGGAGCACAAUUAGUGGUCCGAUGAAAUGGUUGUACCCAAGACCAGAUUAAACCAUUCCCAAACUUAUUCUAUCCAGGCUCUAGUUUGCGGAUGGCUUAUGGAUGGGGUUAGGGUUAAAGCGAUUCGAGAACCAAAAAAAAAAAGCGGGGCCCGCCUGGCCGAGUGGCCGUGGCGGAACAGGAAAAUAUUGAGACGGUGCAUGAGCCGAAGCCCAUACAAACCGCAGGCCCACUCUGAAUGGACAGGGUCGCCGUGCUAUGGAGUGUUCCCACGGCCCAAAAGCCCAGGUCCAUGAAGGAGCUUAUGCCAUCAAGGUAAGUAUG